AUGUACCAAGUAUCUCAGCUGAUGUCAACACCAGAAGCAAGUUCGUCUGGGGCAGAGAAAGAACAUCUUGGAGAGCGACUUCGCAAGUGCAUUUUCCCAAGUUUUGCUGGUGAUUUCCUGGAUGGGGACAGUUCUUUUGAAUGCUGUUCCACAGAUCCCCUGACAGGUUCUCACUUUACCUGUCGUCGAAGUCCCAGACUCCUCACCAACGGCUACUACAUUUGGACAGAAGACAGUUUCCUGUGUGACAAAGAUGGCAAUGUAACUCUGAGCCCAUCCCAGACUAGUGUUAUCUACAAGGAGAAUCUCGUUAGCGCCUCUAAGUCCUGGCUACGCGGAAGGAUCUUUGGUGAUGCCAGCUCUUCCCCAAGUGAGGACAUCUGGUUUGAAGGGCUUAGAAGACUGGACACUUACCAUUGCGAUGAAAACAGAGGUGAUUUGGACUGUUCUUCUCUGGCUGGUGACUGGGCGUUGGAGGAACCGAGGGCAGAGUUGCCAGCUGCCUCAUCUCGCAGAUACUCAGCAUCUCUUUCUCCGAGAGGAAUUUCCCAUGACUCACCCCUCCAGUCCCAGCUGACGGCAUCUGAACGUUUCCACAAGAACACUUUGGAUCAUUCAAAAACCAGUUUGCUCCAAGAGGUCUCUUUUCAAGCUAUCCUGCUGGCUGCGUGCUUCAUCUUUUCUGCAUGUGCUAGAUGUUUUUUGGGAGGAAUAUUCACCAGUGUCUUCAACUGCUCCUUGGUGGUCACUAUAGCUUAUGUUGUCAAAUCCUUGUUUCUCAGUGUUACCAGCUAUUUCAAAGCCCGCAGCUGUGCUGGGUAA